AUGUUUGGCACUUCAAGGCGGGUCCUACUUAGCAUGCUUCUUAUGGUAUUCCCCUAUCUACCUGCUUCCAACAUCAUCUUUCCUGUCGGCUUCGUCGUGGCCGAAAGAGUUCUCUAUAUCCCCAGUUUGGGGUUUUGCCUUCUCGUUGCAUUGGGUUUCGAGGAAUUGAGAGUGAAGACCCGUCCGAAAACAUGGCGCUCCUUGUUUCUGCUCAAUCUCCUCGGCUGUUUCACAUGGAGGACAUUGGCCAGAAAUCAAGACUGGAGCAGUCGAGAGACUCUUUUCCUUUCGGGGCUCCGCAGCAUCCCUCAAAAUGCCAAGAUGCACUACAAUUACGCCAAUCUGCAGAAGGAUCUCGGGGAGAUGGACCGAGCCCUACUUCAUUACCAAGAAGCGAUUCGAUUAUGGCCCUCUUAUGCCAGUGCCCACAAUAAUUUGGCCACUCUCCUAGAGAACGAAACACAAGCAGAAUUUCACUAUAUACUGGCUCUCAAGUAUCACCCGGAUCAUCCGAAUGCCCUUAUUAAUCUUUCUCGAUUGAAGCGAUGCACACGGGCAUCUUUUGUCCCUUACAGAAAGCAAGGGGACCUGGUGACAGCCCUGGAGCUGAUGAAGCGCAUCUCCCCAGAGGACAAAGCGAAGGAUAGCGAGGAAGACUUGCUUCAACGGAAUCAUUCUCAGAGUGGGAUUAGAAACUCUGAGGAAAUCUACGUCCACGUAGACGAAGUGCCAUCGGGGAACAGAGAAAUGAAUGUGACUCUGAAGGAUCCCGCCUAUUUGGAUCCAUUUCAAGAUGCACUAAGGACGGCUUUGAGUUUCUUCAACCAAAGAGAUUUCAGCCAAGCCUGCCUGCAUUAUCAGCUGGCAAUGCAGUACCUUUCCAUCGAAGACAAUGUGAUCUCGGAUGAAGUGAACUUUCUCGAUGGGUUUCUGUUGCCUUGCCAAGGACAUACGUGA